AUGGCCACCACCGCCGACCCCCCCGGCCGCCUCAGCCAAAGCUUCCAAAACCUCGCCUUCUCAGCCCACGGCGACCAGUGGUCCCUCAUGUACAAGGACGGCUUCCACCCGUGGGACCGGGACGGCCCCUCCGACGCCCUGGAGGAGCUGCUCCUCACACGGGACGACCUCGUCCCUCGAGCCCAUCACCAGGUCCUGCAGGGGAACCUGGUCCGCCAAACGGCCCUCGUGCCGGGCUGCGGGCGCGGCCACGACGUCCUGCUGCUCAGCAAAUUCGGAUACGACGUCGUAGGAUUGGACGUCAGCCCCGACGCUCUGCGCAUGGCCGAGGAGAACAGGCAGAAAACCGAAGGGACGGGGCGCUAUGAACCCCAGCAGGGCGUGGAAAAGGGCGACAUCAAAUGGGUUUCGGGCGAUUUCUUCUCAGAAAGCGUGCUAGAUGGCUUCGGGACCAACGGGUCUGGCACAUUCGACUUGAUAUACGACUAUACGUUCCUGUGUGCCCUGCCCCCCGAGGCACGCCCCAAAUGGGCCAAACGCAUGACCCAGCUCCUCCGCCCCUCCGGCCGCCUCGUCUGCCUCGAGUUCCCGUCCGGGAAGCCCCUCUCCGAAAGGGGCCCUCCUUGGGGUGUCCGGCCGGAGAUGUACGAGGCGCUGCUGGGUGCUCCCGGGGAGGAAAUAUCAUACAAUGCCGACGGGAGCCUCGUGGAAACAACCGCCGCCAAGCCCGACGCCAACGCCCUGCAUCGGUCCGGCCUCAUCAGGCCGGCCAAGACACAUCCCGCGGGUACCAACAAGGACGGGACAGUGUCGGACUUCAUAUCUGUUUGGAGCCGGUGA